CUUUGCGCGAAUACAUUGUGUGGGUAGAAAAAAAUGUGUAUUUUGUAAACAUAACCAAUAGAAAAUUGUUCAGUAUGGGCAGUAAUGUAAAGGAGCUAAAUGAGGUGGCAAUAUUUUUACGGAGUGACUCGCGCAUAGAUGUGAAGAAAAUUUCGCUGCAAUAUGUAUUAGGUCUUACCGGCACGGAUGAAGGCCGAAAAGCUCUGAUUGCGGUGCCAGAAAUAAUUGGCUCUUUGCUCAAGUUGACCGCAAGUGAUAACACAAGCGUUGCGAAAGACGCAUGUUUAGCGUUAAUUAAUCUGUCAGCAGACGAGUCAUGUUCAAAAACCUUGUUGAAUUUGAAGUGCCCUGACAAGGAAGGCCCGAGUGACAUCAUAGUAGCUGUAUUGUCACAAAUACUUGACGCAGAAUCGGCAGUUGCAGAUCCAUCAUGCAUUAUCCUUUCAAAUUUGACACGAUAUCGGGCAAAUGUCGAACAAGUUGUACAGCUUAUGGAGGCAUCUGGAGUGCCUGUUGAUCGUAUUGUUACUGUCUUUACAAACCAGACAUACAACAAAAAAGGUGCAAAUCUACAUUACUUGGGACCAGUCUUCUCAAAUCUGAGCCAGUCACCUACUGUUCGCAGGUACCUACUUGAUCGAGAGCGUUGUGUUAUACAACGUUUCCUGCCAUUCACCGAGUAUGAAGCUUCAGUUGUUCGAAGAGGUGGCAUAGUUGGUGCUCUUCGAAACUGUUGUUUUGAUGUGGACAGUCAUGAAUGGCUGCUGAGUCCAGCAGUGGAUAUCCUGCCACACCUACUCCUUCCUCUGGCAGGACCCGAGGAGUUUCCAGAUGAUGAGAUGGAAAAACUUCCACCAGAUCUACAGUAUCUGCCUGAAUCUAAAGCACGGGAAGUUGAUGCAGACAUACGAUGCAUGCUGCUUGAGGCAUUAACACAGCUUUGUGCAACAAGAGCUGCACGUGAAAUUAUGCGUAACAGUGGUGUCUACCUGAUACUCAGAGAAUAUCACAAGUGGGAAACUGACCGAAAAGCACUUCUAGUAUGUGAAGACAUUGUUAACAUCCUCAUCAGGACUGAAGAUGAAAUUGGAGAAGACAACUUGAAAAAUGUUGAGGUUCCACCAGACCUGAGUGAAAAGUUUCAGAAGAUGGAUGAAGAUUUUAUUAAAGAUUGAUUUCAUUUGAUGAAAUGUCUUGGACUUUGCUUCAGUCCUCUGAGGUGAUUGGGUUGCAUGUGCACUGUAGUGCACUCUGCAGUGAGAUGUGCUGUAACAACACCACUAAUUAUUCAUCAUGAAAGAACAGUUUUAAACAAAUUUUAUUUUGUAUUGAGUUGUGAAAUUGUGAUACAAUAAAAUUUAUUUACAUGUUUUAAUAAAGUCUUUAUUUUUUGAAACUUA